UAAAACCGAUCAGAAAUUAAUUACAAACAAAUCAUCGCACACCUGACACCUCCUUCUUCCUCUUCGAUCCCGAUCUCUCGCGCGGCCUCGCCAUGGCGGCGAUCUACAGCCUCUUCAUCAUCAACAAAUCCGGGGGCCUCAUCUUCUACAAGGAUUAUGGUUCCGCGGGGAGGAUGGACACGAACGAUAGCUUGAGAUUGGCGAGUUUGUGGCACUCGAUGCACGCGAUCUCGCAGCAGCUCUCCCCCAUCGUCGGAUGCACCGGGAUCGAGCUACUACAGGCCGAUACCUUCGAUCUCCACUGUUUUCAAUCCCUCACUGGAACAAAAUUCUUUGUCGUCUGCGAACCUGGCACGCAGCACAUGGAAGUUCUGCUAAAAGUUAUCUACGAGCUAUACACAGAUUAUGUUUUGAAGAACCCGUUCUACGAAAUGGAGAUGCCCAUCCGGUGUGAGCUUUUCGACCUCAACCUUUCCCAGGCAAUUCAGAAAGACCGCGUCUCCCUGCUCGGGAGAUGAACUUAAGGUUCCUGAGUCUUCCCUUUUCUUUGUUAUUGUUCUCAAAACUGAUAUAUAAGUUUCUGAUAUUUGGUUGGAUCCAGAGUAUUUAUUGUUUUGGAGAGUAGCAGAUACUAGAAAUUUCUUAUGUCUCGUUCGGAUAUCCCUUUUGUUGUUCUAGUUUGUAUGUUGAAAAUGAACUGUAAAACUUCUUCCAUUUGUAAUGAAGAACUCUCAGAUGAUCAGUUUCUCUGCACCAACCUCCGUGAAAGCUUUUCGGCAGUUUUGUGCCCGAUUGGCCACUGUGCUGUUUUUCCUUGCACAAUGAUGAACUUUAAUAUGUACAGAAGGAAAAUUCUAAUAAAGUUAUGAUCGUUGUACUUU